AUGGGUAUCUAUGAAGAAAUUUACGGCACCAAGACUCCGAUAGAUGUCAAAGAUAUAUUUAAAAAAUGCAAGGAUCAGACAAGAAAUGUACUCGUAUUUGGCCGAGCUGGUAUUGGAAAAUCAACAUUUUGUCAAUACAUCGCUUACCGAUGGGCAACUGGUAUGAUUUGGCAGGAAUAUGAACUGGUUGCCUUGAUUCCGUUGCGUUCCUUGACAGCAGAUCGCUAUCCUAUAUUACCAGCCGGCACUAACUAUUCUCUAAUAGACGUUCUGAGAAAAGAAUGCAUUUCUUUCGAUCAAUAUGUACCAGAAAAAGACGAAAAACAAUUGCAAGAACAGAUUCAUAAAAGUCGCAUUCUUUGGCUUUUAGAUGGGUAUGAUGAAAUCGUACAAAAUGUACCUAAACAUCUCAAAAGUUUAUUUAAUGAUCAAUUACUCAAGACUCCAGAUCAUAUUGUAACAUCUCGUCCAUACAUGAAUACUUUAUCGCAUUCUGUACAAUUGGAAAUUACAGGUUUCACAGAUGAUAAUAUUUCUAAGUAUGUCAAACAGUUCUUCAAUCAAAUCGGAAGCGAAACACAGAAUUCAUCUGUUGAAGAUGAAAAAAUACUAAGCUUUCUCAAACGUAAUCCUAGGAUUUGGGGUAUUGCACACAUUCCCAUCAAUCUAGAGCUCAUUUGUAGUGUUUGGAGUAAUAUAGAGUGGACAACAAUGAAAACAAUGACAAUAACGAUGCUGUACGAUACAUUGACUGAAUGGAUAUGUCGUCGAUAUCUGGAAAAACAACGAGCAAUCUCAACUGAUUUAUUGUGUGAAAAGGAGGUUUAUAAAAAAUGUGAGAAUGAAUUGGCAUUUUUAGAACGUCUGGCUUUCCUCGGGAUGGAAAGUAACACUAUAAUGUUGGGUCCAACUCUACUUCAAAAAGCACAAGAUGAGAGUAACUGCUCAUUAGCCGAGAAUCGAAACUUGCUCAAUAUUGGAAUACUAAGAUCACUCAUAAACCAUCAUGGUGUUGGAACGCGAAUCGAAGCAAAGAAAGAUCAUUACUUUGUACAUCUUAGCUUCCAAGAAUAUUUUGCAGCACGAUACUUGGUCACUGCUCUCAAUGGCGAAGAACCUCACAAAAUGAUCGAAUUUAUCCAAGACCAUAAAUACGACCGACGCUUCGGAUUAAUGCUGAACUUUACAUCGGGACUUCUGACAAACAGCUACAUCACUAAAUCCAACGCCAUAUUCUGGGACACAAUCUCAAGAGAGCCAUUAGAUAAGAUUGGCAUAAGGCACAUGCAAAUUGUCAUUUCUUGCUUAGAAGAGGCACAUCAUAAUGAAAACUUUCCACACUAUAAAGAAUUAAUGAAUUCUAUAAUUAAGUGUGUCGAAUAUGCCGUCCAUUUAGAGUCUGACGUGAUACGCAUUCACCUAAACGAGACCUUACGUAGAAGUCCCUCGAUAGUAAACAAACUUGAAUUAAUCGAAAUGUUCACUAAGCUUUUGCAAACCAACAAUGGACAUACAUGGAAGAAUGUCACCUCAUUGAUAAUCGAUAUACCACUUAACAAUCAUCCGCCUCAGUUCAUACAGUUGCUAGUGACCGCAGUAGGGAAUCCCGAUAAUGGUAUACGAGCGGGUGCAUGUCAACUACUCGGUCAGCUGGAUGGCAAAGCAGCAACGGCGGACGUCAUCUCAGCGUUGGUGACAGCACUGGAGGGUACGAAUAAUUAUGUUAGACGACAGGCAUGUGAAUCUCUCGGUCAGAUGGGUGAAAAAGCAGCUACAAAUGACGUGAUUGCAGCCCUGAUGACCGCACUAGGAAAUACGCAUGAUAUCGUCAGAAGUAAGGCAUGUGAAGCUCUCGG